GUACCCGCAGCUAUACAAGGAUUGCAUGGUAUUAGCAAAAUGCUUCGGGCGGCGACAAGGGAACGAGGCAGUACUGAUGGGGCAAGUGCGACAACAAUUUAAGGCGAACAAGCAGGAACGCGACGAGGACAAGAUCAAGGGGCAGGUGGAGGAGGCCCUAAACGCGCUGCGAUCGGCGGCCUGGACAUUCGGCAAGCACGGCAGCUCGCUACCCAUCUUCCCUGUGCCGCACCAGCGCGGCGUCAGCAGAGACAACGCGACAAAUUGAUUGGUGGCUAUAAUGUUUAAGCAGCUAUAGGUGUGAUGGUAUAGCAGGGUUAACGCGGUGCUGUGGUGCGGCGCUGAGCUGGAGCCGCGUGGCUGCUUGCGUGUGUGUGUGUGUGUGUGUGUGUGUGUGUGUGUGUGUGUGUGUGUGUGUGUGUGUGUGUGUGUGUGUGUGUGUGUGUGUGUGUGUAUGCGCACGCGCCGGGUGGCUGCUUGUGUAUGCGCCCGCGCUGUCGCAACUGAAGGCAGCGGCAGCAGCAGCGGCGUCAGGCUUGAUGCCAAGGAGGCAGGUGGAGGUGGGUGGGGGCUGAUGAGCUGCUCUGCCGGCGCACGCGCAAAAGAUGCAGCUGGAUAGGUGGCGGCGGGGCACUGCAUGACCCGAAGUAUGUCCCAUCGCUGCCGGGGUCGCCGCCACCGCUGCUGAGUGGCACAUGCACACUGCGCUUGAGGCGCCACUAGGGUGUCGCGUUAAUGCAUGACAAACAAUACUGACACCAUGGGAUAGUACGUGUAUGGAGCGUUUCGUGAUCGGUAUGUGUGUGCGCAUGUCUGGCUUACGCUCGGGGCGGGGCUAGCUCCUACAGCGGGUGUGUGCUGUCCAGGGGAUGCCCGGCGGCGAGAGAGAUCUGUGCGUCACUCGGUAGAGAAUUGUUUGAUACAUUCCAGCAUUCCGUGGCCUACAGGUAUGCGCUGACAUGCACUUACCGUACUGCGCGUUGAUUUUUUAAAUUAAAUAAUUCUGGGGGCGUGUUUCUGAAAAAGUAAAAUAAAUUAAAAAUUCUUGGGGCCUCAAGUCUUAAAAAGUAAAAAUAAUUCUCCCUGCGGGGCCCCUGAAGAUCUGUGGGAAUCUGUGGGGUCUCAAGCCGAAAACAGCUUCAGCGUAGAUGGUACGGCUACGAAUGGCUGACUACCGCACGCGGUGAUGCUGCGAAUGUGUUUUGCCCGUGUCUGUGUGCUUCGGAAGGCUUCGGGCGGCACGGCGCUUAAAAAUUAAAAAUUAUUCUGGCGCGGCUGCGCCGCGCUCCUUAAAAAUUAAAAACCCAAACAAAUAAUUCCGGCGCCCUUAAAACUUCAACGAGUAUAAACCCUAAGCGCAGUACGGUAUCGGCUAGACCUUGCGCAGCGCGCUGGGUUGUGUGGGGUUUGCAGUGAGGCUCAAUGAGCCCGGGGAGUUUAGAGAUGAACGAGAGAUCGGAUGUGGGCUGUUCUCAUGCCAUGCAUUACUGAUGUCUAGAAAGGCGCUCUUAGCUUCGUCUCUGGGGUCUGGGUACGUGUUCUGUCGGUGCUGGAGUUUCCGGUGGCUUUGCGGGUGUGUCCCUGUUCGGGUGGGUGGGUGGGCUGUGGCCAUCGCUACCGGUAUGCUCCCGAGGUAUGUCCUUGCUCACAUUGAUUUGGACUGGUUGGAGACAAUGGUGUUUCUUGAGAUAUUUGUAGCGCACUGGUGCAGCGGCGCGUAGGUGGGUGUGAGGAUGGCGAAUUGGCCUUGGGCAGUGUGCGAUGUGUUUAGAGCUGUUAACAUGCAUGUCUCUUGUGCACAGGUCAAUGUUUGUAGUGGUAUUGGCCGCAAUGCCGCAUACGUGUGUAUUGAAACGGCGGGUCGAGCAUAAACGGAGC